AUGCACCAAGUCGAGCACGAGAUGUCGGACGAGCAGGUCCGACUUAUAGCCAUCGUCACCGCAAUAGUCAUGGUCCCAGCGACGAUCUACAUGUUCUAUCACGCAAGGAGUAUCUCCAAGCGGUAUCCUGCGGCAGUACCGGUUCCAGCGGUUGCGGCGGGGAAGAAGACGCAAGCACCUGAACCAAAAUAUGUCUCGCCCGCCAUAGCCGCUGGCCAGCUGGGAGCCUGCGGUCCAGCUAUAAUCGGCAUGUCCACCUUGCGGCGGCAGAUAUCACAUGGUGUCACACGUGGGAGGGGAAUACAUGGGAAUGGGGUCUCGGGGUCGAUACUAAGGAUAACUCAUCACGACGUUGACGAUAUCGUGUUUCCGCCUGGGCAUCCGUUCAUCCCCUUCAUGCUGGGCAAACUGAGCUUGAAAAGGGCCAGACCCAGACCAUCUGCAAGUUCUUCGUUACAUAUCCGACUUACACCUGCUCAACUACCCCCUCACGCAAGCAUGACCAACGGCCAUACCGCACUCUCAACUGAGACCGCACCUACCGAGAUAUUCCAUCAAUUCUCCAGUCUCCCUGCCGAGCUGCGCAAUCUCAUAGUCAGCUUCGUGGUCGGACCGGGCAUUGCCAAGCAGAUCCCCACGGACAGUCAAGAUGCUGUCUCGGUUCCAGACGGCGACGAACACUCAGAGGAAGACGAAGACGCAGGAGAAGACGAAGACCCAAAGGAAAACGCGUUUGUCUCCGCUCGAAACAACCGCUUGAUGAACCUCCGACUUGCUUCCAAGGCAGCCCACGAGAUGGUUGAUGGGAUCCUACCAAUUCAGACCACCGUGGUCUUUGCCAAAGACAAGGAGACCAAGGUCUCAAGCUGGACCUAUACAACCCACCCGCGGCGAACCCACUCCCGGCGCAGCGGCCAGACUGCUGUUGACGGGCCUUUCCCCCGAGUCACGAUCCUGAUGCCGGACACCUACGCCAAGAACAUCCGGUAUCUUCUGGCAGCCGGCAAGACGGCAAAGUUCCCAGCGAGCUUCAUGAAGGCGUUGCCUAAGAAGAUGGACAGAUGCACGGUUGGGAUCCGUGAAACUGUCUCUAGCGGCAUGCAGCGCGGUCACCCUUAUUUGCGUCAGCAGCUGUACAAGGCCAUCACAGCAGACGUACUGGUGCUGACCGAAGCUGAAAGUUCUGCGCUCACGAACGCUUUCAUCUACCAUCGAAAGCAGUUAUCCAUCACCGCCGCGGACAAGAUCAAGAAUUUUCGGGGUGAGACACUCGAUGCCCUGCCAGUCGAAUCCGAUACUCACUUCUUCAUGGGCCAUUCGAUAUCACUGACCGGUCUCACUGGCAUGGCGCGACUGGUGUCGGACGCGCUGAUCCUCAAGAGAAGACAGAAACUCAGCAACACUGUCACUGUGGUCGAUCACGCCAAAUACAUCACCAUACGGUCUGAUAGCUCGCAUCACGAGAUAAUCUGGAAGCGGAGGCUUCGGAGGAGCUGA